CGGCUGCCAGGCUGGCGGGGCAGUGACGGUUGGGCCAGGAGCUGGCUUUGGGGCACAGGCUCCGGGCCUGGGGCUGCGGGGGGCUGGCCUGAGUCGGCCCGCUCCCCUCCGUCCACCCCUUCGCACCCAGCCCGACUGCCACGCUCAUUGAGUUUAAUUGGACGCUUCUAUGUCUGAGGCUCUUGGGCAAGCUUGAGAGAUGGGUUUUGAAAGAUGCGUGUUUUGAUUUUCGGGGAUGACAUCCUUGUCCGUCCAUGUCCGUGCCCCCCCGCCCGCGGUUGCUUCCAACUCUUGAGGAACAAACGCGUUGUGCUUUGCUCUGGAGUUUUCUUUUGCAGAGUGUGAGAUGGAAGAUUUUCGAGGUAUAACUGAAGAGUCAUUUCCGAGCUUUCUCACCAAUUCAUUACUUGCUAAUAGCGGGACUUUGGAAAAUGUCACUCUUUCUUCAAAUCUUGGCUUGCCUGUUGCUGUUUCCACACUUGCUAGAGAUAAAUGCAGCACUAAUAACAGGUAUUCUGAUAACCAGGCAUCUUAUUUAGUAGAAGGGGGAUUUUCUAUUCCAUCUGAGUCAUCUCCCAGUAGCCAGUGUGAAGCUGAACCAAGAGAGAAGUUACAGCUUAGCUUCCAGGAUGAUGAUUCUAUGUCUAAGAAAAAGAACUAUAUGGAAAGUCAACAUUUGUCAGAUGCUGUCCUCAAAGAGUUAGUUUUUCAAAGAGAUACAGCAAGAACAGAAGAGGAGCAAACUAAAACUGCAAAAUCCUUUCAGAGCCAAGAUCUUUUUGGUCGGAUUUCACCACUGGAACAAAUGCAAGACUCACCUGUUGAUUUUUGUUUACCAUCAUGGAUGAAUGAUAAGGAUAACAAGAUUGUUAUUCCUGAUGAUGGAAAACAUUUUGAAGAUAAGAAUCCAAACAAUGACUUAAGCCAUACUAGUUUAAUAGAAAAUGAGAAACUUAUGUCACUGACAAGCUUGGAAGGUUCUUCUGAUGAUGAUAUUGAUGAUGAAGAGUUUUAUGAUGAUCAUUUGGAGGCUUAUUUUGAACAGCUGGCGAUUCCAGGAAUGAUAUAUGAAGAUCUGGAAGGACAGGAACCUCCAGAAAAAGAUUUUAAGUUGUCUACAAGUGAUCCUAGUCAGGAAAGUGCAAGAGAAGAAAUUCUGGUGAAGACUGUCAGGGCUACUAAUGAAAAAGUUAACCCUGUUUAUUUUCAUGACGUAAAUGCCAGUAAAGGUGAUUUUGACUCGACAGACCGUUUAAAGCUGGAGGCAGGGUCUCCUCAUCAAAAUAAGCGUUUGGCAUCAGAUUCAGAAACAGUUUUGCCUGUGGAUAGCUGUUUAGACACUGAGACUCCUAAAGUGUCCAUUCAAAAAACUGUGGACAUAGCAGCUUUGAAGCCUGUUAGUGACAAUGGAAUUAAUUCCACUGAUAUUCUCCGCUCACCAACUAGUGAAAGGCGAACAUGUGAAUGUAACAAGUCUAUCGAGAAGAGUAAAGAUCAAAUGGAUCUACCACAGAGUGUGGUCUAUCAAAAUGAAGAGGGCAGAUGGGUCACUGACCUUGCCUAUUAUACAUCUUUUAAUAAAGAACAAGAUAUAAACAUGUCUCUAACUGAUGAGAUGGGUGAAGACUUCAGAUCUGGUUCUGAUGCAUUGAAUUUGAUUGCACAAGAUGAAGAAGAAUUUAAUAAGGAGCAUCAAUUUAUGCAGGAAGAAAAUAUAGAUGCCCAGAACACUUCAGUUGCUCUAGGGGAUACGUCCUGGGGGACUUCAAUUAAUUACAAUUUCUUGAGGAAAUCACUUAGCACAUCAGAUUUGGACAAAGAUGAUGCCAGUUAUUUACGCCUGUCUUUAGGAGAGUUCUUUGCUCAAAGGUCUGAAGCUCUUGGUUGCCUUGGUGGUGGUUACAAUGUGAAAAGACCAUCAUUUGGUUAUUUUAUUAGAUCACCAGAGAAGAGAGAACCUGUUGCUUUAAUAAGAAAAUCUGAUUUAUCAAGAAGUAAUUUGGAAAAAGAAAUGGCCCAUCUUAACCAUGGUCUAUUGUCAGGAGAUUUAAAGGCACAGCUACUAAGUGAAGAAUCAGUUACACUUCAGGCUGAAGAACUGGAGAGUAUUUCACAAGUGGAUGAUAAUGAUGUGACAUUAACCGCCAAUAAAGGGAAAACAGAGGACACAUUCUUCAUGAACAGCAAACCUCAAAGAUACAGAGGUGAACUACCUGAUGAUGGUGAUUCUGUACUUAGGAUAAGCACCAUUGCCUCAGCCAUUGCAAAUGCAUCAGUGAAUACUGAUCCCUCCCAGCUUGCUGCCAUGAUGAAGGCACUUUCAAAUAAAACCAGAGAGAAGACUUUUCAGGAAGAUGAUAAACAAAAGGAUUAUUCCAUUGUGUCUCAUUUCUUACCUAAUGAUUUAGAAAAAACUAAUGGAUCCAGCAUAUUUGAUAUGGAGAAAUACCUUAAAAAAACAGAAGUUAGUAGAUUUGAAGGUGAUUUUUCAAGAGCUGAUAUGUCUGGUAUUUGUGAUUUAUCUUUGCCAAAAGAACGGACUACACAAGACAUCCAUACAGUGGAGUUAGAUACUACUAAUAUACGUGUAAGGAAGCCAGAAGAAAAUACAGCAGCUCUUUUUUCUGGUGAAAACGAAGAGAGCGAGAACCAGGAAUCAUUUAAAACAAUAAAUUCUUCAAAUUCGAUUCUUAGAAAUAUAAGAGAGAAUGAGAGCACAGUAGUUGAUGUGAAGCCAUAUUCCAUUGACAGCAAAUUACCAGAUGUUGGUAACAGUGAAAAAGCUACCUCAGUGUCCACUCCAACGUCUAAUAGUUAUUCAUUAGUACGGAACUCCAGAAAAGCAUCCCUUUGGCUGUCAGAAGAGUGUGAAGAAAUACAAAGUAAUAGAGAAAAUCAGAGGCAAAAUGAGUAUGUUAGUGAAACAAGCAACAGUGAAAAGCAUAUAACUUUUGAUAAACAUUUCACAAUCUCACCUAAAAAUGUUGAUUUGAAAAAUCCCUCUCCUGAGCAUGGUGGACAUGGCUCAGAGGAUGACCAGGAUAGCUUCAGACCUUCAACUUCUCCACUGAGUCAUUCUUCUCCUAGUGAAAUUUCUGGAACAAGUUUAUCCGGGUGUGCUGUAGAGUCUGUUGGUUCAGCAGCUCAUCAUCAGACGCCCGCCUGUGAAAGUGAGUUGUCUCAGUUGAUGUGUCCACAAGCUAGUGUGAGCAGGCUUACUUAUGUGUCUGAACAAGAGAGCACAUGUCCCACCAUGACCUCAGAUCAUGGCCUUGAAGACCAUAAGAGUGAUAUCACCGAUGAGUUGAGCACCACAAUUGUUCAAGCCAGUCCAGUUCUAUCAGAGGAAAAGGCUGUGGAAAAGUUGAGAGAAAAAGGUCCAUUUCAAAGUAGAAAAAAAAGAACAUUAUCAUAUACUAUCCAGAAAAACUUGGAUACAGAAAAAGUGACUGAAACUACUUCUCUGAGUAGCAAACCCGAAGAUGUAAAACCUAACUUUAGAUUGGGUAAUGAUCUCUCCUGCAAAAGUAGAGAUCUAUCAGAAACCAAUGUGGUAGGUUUGACCUCAAACCCCAGUGAAUUGGACCAGAUCAACCUGGGUCUACUGAGCAAGUCAGGUCUCAGCCACCUGGCUGUGUCAGUGAUGCCACGCCUCCCUGUAUCACGUCAGGCACCUGUGAACGAAGGUGAAAGAGGAACUUCUGAAGAUCCGUCAACUGCUGACAGUGCAUUAGGUGGCCAGGUUCCUCAUCAGGUGGCCUCUGGAAACCAGUGUGCUGCUGUUCCCAGCACUGUGGCUUGUGGUUCUUUUCCUGAGAUGCAGAAUGUGCCCACUACAGUUCCUACACUCUUGACUCGGCAUUCUUUUACUGCAGCUCCCUUAGCCCAGCAGUAUUUGGGAACACUACCUUCAGCUGGAGAUGUUGCUUUGCCUCAGUGCCAUGCUGGCACUGCCGCAGUCUGUGGAUUCUCAGGAAGUUAUCCUUAUCCUGUUGUCACAGGAGAGCAUGUUCAGAACUCGGUGGCUGUGGGCAUUUGUCUAGGACAAAAUAUUGGCUCUGGAUUGAUGGGUACCUCUUCUCUUUGUAACCCAUAUUCUAAUGCCUUAAAUCAGAAUCUUUUAAGUACAGCAAAACCUUUUCCUGUGCAGUCUGUUGGUGCAAAUCAAGGAAUCAAACCAUGGGAUUCAGGAAUGACAUCAGGAUUUGGGAAUGUAAGAGUACCUGAGGAGCUGAAGUUUCCUCACGCUUGCUGUGUUGGCAUUGCUUCACAAACCCAUCUUAGUGUACUUAAUCCAACUGACCGCUGGCUGCAAGUCAGCAUUGGGGUUCUCAGUGUUAGUGUUAAUGGUGAAAAGGUGGAUCUUUCAGCAUAUCGUUGUUUAGUUUUCAAAAAUAAAGUCAUCAUAAGACCUCAUGCCACAGAAGAGAUAAAAGUACUUUUCAUACCAUCUGAUCCUGGGAUUUUCAGAUGUACAUUCAGUGUUGCCUCUUGGCCAUUUUCAGCAGAUCCGGAGACAAUAGUACAAUCAGAAGCCUUGGCAAGCAGAGUCAUUCUUACUGCUAUUGCUGAGACCCCUGUGAUUGAGGUGGAAACAGAAAAAAAAGAUUUUCUUGAUUUUGGGGACUUGACUUAUGGAGGCUGGAAAGCUCUUCCAUUAAAAUUGAUAAACAAGACACGUGCCACUGUGCCUAUCAGACUUAUUAUUAAUGCAAAUGCCAUAGCCUGGCGCUGCUUCACAUUUUCCAAGGAACCUGUCCAUGCUUCUAUGAACGCUGCUCCUUAUGCUGACGUGAUUGCUCAGCUGGCAGCUCCUUCUGUGAUCAAUCACAUGAUGCCUGCCAGUUAUGAUGGACAGGAUCCAGAAUUUCUGGUGAUUUGGGUUCUUUUCCAUAGUCCAAAGAAACAGAUCACUUCUUCAGAGAUUCUGGACUCGGCAGAAGAAUUCUUGGCAAGGGUUGAUAUAGAAGUUGAUAGCCCAAACCCUACACCAGUCAUUGAAAGUAUUAGUCUUCGAGCAAGAACAGGAAUAGCUAGGAUACAUGCUCCGAAAGACUUACAGACUAUACACUUGUUCGCCAGUGUGGCUUCCUCAACAAAGCAGCACUUACCUUUGAAAAAUGCUGGGAAUAUUAACGUUUACUUAGAUAUCAAGAUCCCAGAUCAAGGAAGUCACUUUUCAGUGGAUCCAGAGACUCUAUUCCUUAAACCUGGAGAAGAACACGAAAUUAUAGUUUCAUUUACUCCAAAGGAUCCCAAAGCCUGUGAGGAAAGGAUCUUGAGAAUAUUUGUGCAGCCAUUUGGACCUCAAUAUGAAGUGGUGUUAAAAGGUGAAGUAGUUUCUUCAGGCAGUAAACCUGUGACGCUUGGGCCCUGCUGCUCAGAUAUCCCAUCGAUUUUAUCCAACAAGCAGUUUCUGGCUUGGGGAGGCGUCCCUCUUGGUAGAACACAGCUUCAGAAACUAGCUUUAAGAAAUGAUUCUACGUCUACAACCCAACAUUUACGACUGCUUAUUAGAGGACAGGAUCAGGAUUGCUUUCAGCUUCAGCACACUUUUGGUUCAGAAGAGCGAUUGACCAGUAACUGUGAGAUCAGAAUUCAUCCAAAAGAAGACAUUAACAUCUCUAUAUUAUUUGCACCUACUCGAUUAUCUUGUAUGUUGGCUAAACUAGAAAUUAAACAACUUGGAAUUCGAUUACAACCAGGCAUUAAGUUCACGAUACCUUUGUCUGGAUAUGGAGGAACAAGUAAUCUUAUUUUGGAAGAUGUCAAAAAAUUAUCUGACAGUUACAUGGUAACAGUGAAUGACUUAAUACCUGGCAAAGAAAGGAGAAUUGUUUUUUCUGUCCGUAACACUGGCUCUCGGGCAGCUUUUGUUAAAGCAAUAGGUUUUAAGGAUUCUCAGAAAAAGGUUUUGCUGGAUCCUAAAGUAUUAAGGAUUUUUCCAGAUAAAUUUGUGCUCAAGGAAAAAACACAAGAAGAUGUUACUAUAAUAUAUAAUCCGUCAGACAGAGAAAGCAAUUAUAAAACCACAACAGAACUGUCAACUGUGUACUUCUUUAGUGGAGAUGAAAUUUCAAGACAGCAGUAUCGAAGAGCCCUGUUGGAUAAACCAGGGAUUAUAAAACAGAUACUUCCAGAACAUAGUGUGCUACAGAACAUUGAUUUUGCCGAAGCAUUUCAAGAUGAGCUACUGGUAACUGAAGUGUAUGAUCUUCCCCAACGCCCUAACGAUGUUCAGCUCUUUUAUGGAAACAUGCGUAAAAUUAUACUUUCAGUAAUUGGAGAAUUCAGAGAUUCCAUUUCUAACAGAGAAUUUCUUCAGCCUUCUUCCAAAGCCAGUGAAUCUGAUAGUUCUGGGAAGCAUGGUGGCAAUGUUUCUUUGGAUGUUUUACCAGUGAAAGGUCCUCAGGGUUCUCCACUUCUUUCACAAGCUGUUCGCCCACCUCAAGAUAAAUCGUCUUCUGAAGAAAUGUGGACUGUCCAACCUGAACAGCUGAUUUUGCUGGCCCCUUCUCCUUGUGAUCUGGCAAAAACUGGACGUUUCCAUAUUUUAAAUAAUUCUAUUAGGUUACUGAAAUUUGAGCUGUACUGGCCGGCACAUUGUCUUACGGUAACACCACAACAUGGAUUUAUCGCACCAGAGAGUAAACUACAAAUUCUUGUGAGUCCUAAUUCCUCCUUAUCCACAAAACAGUCAAUGUUCCCAUGGAGUGGUUUCAUCUAUAUACACUGUGACAAUGGACAGAAGAAGAUUGUGAAAGUUCAAAUUCAAGAAGACUUGACCCAAGAGGAACUUCUCACUCGUUUGGCCUCCAGACCGUUUGGAAUCCUUUCCCCAGUGACUGAGCCUUCAGUUAGUCAUCUGGUAAAACCAAUGACAAAACCACCUUCCACAAAAAUUGAGAUAAGAAACAAGACUGUUAGUUUUCCUACAACAGAACCUGGUGAAACUUCAGAAAAUUAUCUGGAACUUGAGAAUCAUGGUAACACAGUCGUGAAGUGGCAUCUGUCAUCUUUAGCUCCAGCUUAUGUCAAGGGAGUCGAUGAAAGUGGAGAUGUUUUUAGAGCCACCUAUACAGCAUUCAGAUGUUCUCCUAUUUCUGGUAUACUGGAAAGCCACAGAAUCCAAAAGGUCUCCAUCACGUUUUUGCCCAGAGAUAAAGGGGAUUAUGCCCAAUUUUGGGAUGUUGAGUGUCACCCCCUUAAAGAGCCUCACAUGAAACACACCUUGAGAUUUCAACUCUCUGGACAAAGUGUCAAAGCAGAAAAUGAACCAGAAAAUCCAUGCAUUUCCACAAAUACCCUCAUUAAAAUAGAUAAUUUAGUUAAGCCCCAAAGACAAGCUGCAUCAGAGGCUUCUGCUCUCAUACCUGGCAGGCAGCUUGACUUGACCCACCGUGGAGUUUAUGCCCCAGAAGAUGUGUAUCAGUUUCUGCCAACUAGAGUUGGAGAAUCAAGGAUGUUAAAAGUCAAUUUGCGAAAUAAUUCUUUUAUUACACACUCACUGAAGUUUUUAAGUCCCAGAGAGCCUUUCUACGUCAAACAUUCAAAGUAUUCUUUGAGAGCCCAGCAUUACAUCAACAUGCCCGUGCAGUUCAGACCAAAGUCGGUGGGCAGAUUUGAAGCUUUGCUCGUUAUUCAGACAGACGAGGGCAAGAGUGUCGCUAUUCGACUAAUUGGUGAAGCUCUUGAAAAAAAUUAACUGGAAUACAUUUUUUGUAAAGUAAAUUACAUAAGUUAUAUUUUGGUAACUUCAUUUUUCUACACUACAAUUAUGCUUUUGUAUAUAUUUUGUAUGAUAAGUUGGUGUGUAUAACUAGAUUCUUUGAUCUGAGAUGCUAAUACUGAAGACCUGACUAAAAUAUCAUGUAUCUAGCCUACAGUAUUGUUCUUAACUUUUACAGAGGAGAGUUCUAUUUUUGCAUUGAUUAUACUAUUCUAAAUAAACAUGGCAUAUAUUUUAA